UCUGCAUCUCUGCAAUUAGUUGGUUUUCUUUCCGCUCGGGUUACGGAACCGAAAGUCGACGCAUAAGGUACUUCGAACGGAUCGCCAGGGUCAGUCAACUCAUUCUGUGACUCAUAAAGCCUGUUUCGUCGCGGGAUUCACUUGCGCCCAAUCAAUCUUUUCCAAUUCCGCAUAUCUUAUUUAAUACCUUUUCUUUUUUUCCUUGAUCACUUUCCUCGCAAAUCAUACAUCAAUCGCAAUAAUGGGUUCUGUUGCGCCUUCUCCCGCGGAGCUCGACGCCUCCGUCGUCAAGGUCACUCGCUCGACCAACCUUCGCGAUGUGCCUCUUCCUGGCUCUCCCGAGGAAUUGAGCCACUCCCACUGCACCGACCACAUGGUCACUGCUCGUUGGACUGUCGCCAAUGGCUGGGAGACUCCUGAAGUUCGGCCAUUCGAGAACCUGAGCAUCCCUCCCACGGCCUCGUGUCUGCACUAUGCCACCGAAUGUUUCGAGGGUAUGAAGGUGUACCGGGGAUUCGAUGGCAAGCUGCGUCUGUUCCGGCCCGACUGCAAUGGCCAGCGUCUGAUGAACAGCGCCAAGCGCACCUCUUUGCCCUCGUUCCGGUAUGAGGAAAUCAAGCGUCUCAUUGCCAAGUUGAUGCAGAUCGAUGGACCUCGUUGGCUACCCAAGGAUCAACCUGGUCGAUUCCUCUACCUCCGUCCCGCGUUGAUUGGCAGCGGCCCACACCUCGGCGUCCAGACACCCAAGGAAGCCCUUCUCUUCAUCAUUGCCGUGCCGUGGCCUGACCCCUCGAAGAAGCAGUCCGAGCAGCCUGGUGUUCCUCAUGGAUUGAAGCUUUACGCUUCUCAGCCUGAUAGCAUUCGUGCUUGGCCUGGUGGUUUCGGAUACGCGAAGCUCGGCGCCAACUAUGGUCCGUCGUUGUUGGCGCAUGGCAAGGCGCAGGAGCUUGGGUUCGAUCAGGUGCUGUGGCUGUUCGGUGAGGAUCGUCAGGUUACGGAGGCGGGUGCUAGUAACUUCUUCAUCGUGUGGGAGAACAAGGAGACGAAGAAGCUGGAGCUGGUGACUCCUUCGUUGGAGAGUCAGCUUAUCCUUCCCGGUGUGACUCGUCGUAGUGUGCUGGAGUUGGCUAGGGAGCGUCUGACUCAGUCGGUGGGCAAGCUGGCUCCUGUUGACGUCGUCGAAAAGCACUUCACUAUCGGUGAUGUCGAGGAGGCUUGGAAGGAGGGCAGGAUCGUGGAGUCGUUUGUCUGUGGUACUGCUUACUUCGUCACUCCUAUCAAGCUCAUCCGCAGCGGAGAUGUAGAUAUGAACAUGCAGGAGGCUGGUGCUGAACGUGCCGGAUAUGCUGCUCAGAUCAAGUCCUGGCUCGAGGCCAUCAUGUUCGGCAUGAAGGGCGAGGCGACCCAUGAGUGGGGAUACGUCAUUGAUGGUGAAGUUGAACAAUAAGCGUUGGCAGCGAUGAUGAUCAUGAUGAUGACGAUGUUUUGUUUAGGGAGGGAAAAGGAAAAAGAGCCCGCUGGGAGGACUCAUGCAGG